AAACAGCGGAUGAUCAAGAAUAAAUUUUUUAUUUGGUGUUAUUACUUUUUCAUUUAUUUUAAUUGACACAUUUCUGAUAAAGAACGAUUUAAAAAAAAAUAAAAGAUUAUUAUUUUUUUUUUUUGCAAAAAAAAAUAAAGAAAAAAUAACAACUUGCAAGGAUUACAAAUUAAAAUCACAUAACGAUUUGUUACGAUUUAUUGCAGUCUCAGCUGUCAGUUUUUUUUUUUUGCAUCAGAACAUUGACUGCAGAAAAAAAUAUAAUGAAAAUUUAUUCUUUUUUUGAAUAAAAAUUGUUAAUGAAAAUUUUAAUAAAUAAUUUUUAUACUUGUCAUAAUGUGUGAUAACCUUCUGAUUGGCAGAUGCACUUAAGAAAUCUUUCGUGUUAAUUAAGUUGAAUUCUAAUCAUAUAAUCGCGUGCACCUAGUAUAUAUCAACUAGAAGUGAAUGGCAUCAGUUUGUUAAAAAAAAAAAUAAGAAACAAAAAUUUUAAAAAAUAAUCAAAUUGCGAAGAUUCGAGGCGCCGAGAUGUCGGUUUAAAACAAUUUUUUACAUGCAACAAAAUAUUCAUUAAAUUAUCUUCAAAUAUUUUGCAACAAUAAUUUUAAUUUUCGAAUCGUAUGAUCUUGAUAUUUAGGAUCUUGUUAUUUGGAAUUUAAUAAAGAAAACCUCCCUCAACACAUAAUCUAAGACAACAAACAUGAGUCUACCAACAUCACAAAAACAUCUUCAAGUUGAAUCUGAUGAUUCUCUUCAAACUGGUCAAAAGAAGAAAAUUGGAUGUGUCAUCACAUACUUCAUCUUAGCAUUCAUAACACUCUUCCUUAGUGUCAUUUCAAUUCGAUAUGACUUCCUCGAACUAGCCUUAAACGAGAGAAUAAAACUCCGCCCAGGCUUUCCACCCUAUGAAAAAUGGAGAAAUCCUUCCAGUGUUGAAAUAGCAGUUAAACUUUAUCUCUUCGCUGUUGAAAAUCCAACUGAAUUCCUUGCAAAUCCCGAAGCUAAACUUAAACUUAAAGAAAUCGGUCCAAUUUACUAUAAAAAAAUCAUGACUCAAGAAGAUAUUGUAUUUCACGAUGAAGAUUCAACAAUGUCCUAUACAACUGUUUAUCGAUUGGAAUAUAUUGAAGAAAUGAAUGAGCCUGAUAUUUUAAAUAAAACUAUUACAACUAUUAAUCCAGUUUUAUUGGGUCUAGCUGCUAUGAUACAUGAUCAAUUCAUAGCCAAAAUAGCUUUUGACUUUUUAGCUUCUAAAGAUCAUGUGUUUUUGAAUAAGACCGUUUAUGAAGCUUUAUGGAAUAGUACAUCACCGAUGUUGGAAAUGGUUAAACAAAUACCAUUUGCUGCACCAAGACCAAAUGCUGGAAUUAUGUAUAAUUCUUUUUACCCAACAACAACCCGAUACAAUGUCAACAUUGGACCUAAACAUGGUUAUGAGAACUUUUUCAAGAUCAACACACUCAAUGGAAAGCCAAGAAUUAAUGCUUAUGGAGAGAACUUUCCCAAACAUUGUCCAUUUUCAUUGGUGGGUGCUAGCGAAGGUACAGGGUUGCCACCACAUCUCUCAAAGGACACAGUAAUACAGGCUUUUACCAAUAACCUUUGUCGGACUUAUCCAAUGGUUUAUAAUCAAACGGUUAAGGUUGGAGCAUUGGAUACUUAUGAGUUUAUUUUCGCUCCAGACAUCUACAAACGUGCAGAAGAUCCUGAGAAAGAUUGUAUGGGAAAGACUGGAGGUGUUAUGUUGCCCGAUGGUCUAAUUGAUUCUUCAAAAUGUGCUCUUGGCACUCCGGUGGCACUUUCAAAUCCUCAUUUCUGGGGAUUCCACGGCGCAUGGGAAAACUACAUCGAAGGACUUGAACCAAGUCGGGAAAAACAUUCAUCCCAUAUCUUAGUCGAACCAACAUCAGGAAUUCAAUUGGAAGCAAUUGCAAGAAUUCAAUCAAACAUUCCUCUUCCUUCAUUGGAUUACUAUCCACCUGAAGUUAAAAGAUUUAGCAGAAUGAUUUUGCCACAAUUUUGGAUGGAAUAUAGUGUUAAAAAUAAUGAUGAAAUGAUUCGUGGAAUGAUUAUAUUUUUUAUAAAUAUGCCAGUGAUACAACCGAUUAUUGUGAUAUUAUUAUUAACUUUAAGUUUAUUUGCGGUUUAUAAGACUGUUAAGCUAAUGAUGACUUUUAAUAUGAAAAAAUCAUGGAAUGUCGCAAAGGAGAAGAAAAAAACGAAAGUUAUUGAUAAUGAUGUAUCGGAACAUUAUAUUAAUGCUUUUAGUGAUAAUUCAUUAGAUAAAACUACAAUGUAAAAAAAAAUUAUUUUAAGUUAGAUAAGUUAGAUGUAAGGGAUAUUAUUUUUUAAGUAAUUUUUGUAAAUAAAAUAAAAUUUUUUUUAUUUA